AUGAAGGCAUCCCUCAUCUCUCUUCUGAGCACUAUCGUGCCCGCACUGGCGGCCCCGAACGGUAUUGGCCGUCGGGCCGACCCGAGUUUGAUGUCUGGGAAGUACAUCAUUCAGCUCAAGCCCGGUACAAGCCCCGAUGCCGUUACCGCACACCACAACGCUGUACGCAGCCUUCUUCGUCGACGCGACGGCUCGUCUGGCGAAGUCGAAAAAACGUUCCAAAUUGGCGACUUCAACGCCUACAGCGGAUCUUUUGACGACGCAACCCUUGAGGCCAUCUCGCAGCUCGAAGAAGUUCUGGUUGUGGAGCCUGACUCCCUUGUCUACGUCGAGCGGACCGAUGAGCCCGAGGUUCAGAAGAAGCGUGCCUUGACCACGCAGUCGAACAGCAUCUGGAGUCUAGGCGACCUUUCCCACACCAAAGCUGGGGCAACAGAGUACGUCUACGACGAGAGUGCUGGUGAGGGAACGACGGCAUACGUCCUCGACACGGGUAUUCGACUAUCGCAUGAGGAGUUUGAGGGCCGUGCCAGGUUCGGCAUCAACGGCGUAACCGGCUCGACGCAGCAGAGCGGCACAAACUCGGACACCGAUGGACACGGAACUCAUGUUGCGGCUACCGUUGUCGGAAAGACGUACGGUGUAGCCAAGAAGGCCCAAGUCGUCGAUGUCAAGGUGUUUAACGGUGAUGUCGGAUCGACCUCUUCUAUCCUUACUGGAAUCACUUGGGCUGUCAACGACAUCGUCAGCAAGGGCGCGCAAAAGACAUCUGUCCUCAACCUUUCGCUCGGCGCUUCUGGUACUGCGCUUGAUAACGCGGUCCUCGCAGCUUACCAGAAGGGUAUCCUCUCCGUCGUGGCGGCUGGUAACAGCAACGAGCCGGCGGCGGACUCCACUCCGGCAAGGCUCCCGCAAUCUUUCACCGUCGGCAUGACGCAACCCAACCGCGGUCGCGUCAACAUCAUCGAGGGUAUCUACGGCAGCAAUUACGGCCCGGAGUUGGACGUCUUUGCGCCCGGUCGGGACAUCAUCAGUGCCAGUCACACAUCGGACACGGGCACGGCUACCAAGACUGGCACUAGCAUGGCGGCGCCGCUCGUCGCGGGGUUGGUGUGCUACCUUAGGGCGCUGGAGGAGGGCUUGGGUACCCCGGACGCGGUGACGAAUCGGAUUCUGGAGCUGGCCAUUCCGGAUGUUGUCGGAGACCCCAAGGGUUCGCCCAACCUCCUGGUGAACAACGGUAGUGGGCGCUAG